UGGAGAAGCUGCUGAAGACAGUUCUGGAGCACAUCUGACUGCUGCUGCCGCAAGGCCCCACCCAGCCCCCACCAUGUACUGCCUGCAGUGGUUGCUCCCUGUCCUCCUCAUACCCAAGCCCCUCAACCCAGCGUUGUGGUUCAGUCACUCAAUGUUCAUGGGCUUCUACCUGCUCAGUUUCCUCCUGGAACGGAAACCUUGCACGAUUUGUGCCUUGGUCUUCCUGGCAGCUCUGUUCCUCAUCUGCUACAGCUGCUGGGGGAACUGCUUCUUGUAUCACUGCACAGGAUCCCAGUUGCCAGAAUCAGCUCAUGAUCCCAGCAUAGUGGGCACCUAGAAACCGAUAAUCUUCCAGUCUGCUGAGGGCUCUUGUUUUGCUUUUAAAAAGGGGGUGGGCUAGGGAGGAGGGAGGGGGUGUUAGGCAUGUGGCUGGAGUAAAACCAGCCUGUUUCCUGUAACUUUGUGUGGACUAGAGUGGUAAAUUCCUCCCACUCUGCCUGUGAAAUUCGACUUGUUUACUGUGUGAACUCUGGCAGCGCCACCUGCUUUUUUAGAAGCAAAAAUCUUUUUUCUCCUUCCCGUAUCACUGGGAAUGGACACCAGCCCUAACUGAGAACUGGUGGAGGACCGAGCUGCUGGCCUCUGCCCAGCUGCUGCGUGGUGGUGGAGUUGUGUGUCACUCACUUGUCUGCAUUAGGCCACAGUGGUCUAACUCGGGGCUCUCGGCCCACUGAUUCUGCUCGAGAUUCUCUCCAUCUUUCUCCUUGUGGGGAGCCAGCCUUCCCGGCUUGCUGAUCAAGGGCAAGCUCGACAGCUCACAGAUGCACUUGGCCAAAACCUGCUGGAGCCAGAGGCAGUUGAGUCACCUCCUCCUGCUCAGCCUGCCAAAGAGAUGCGUGCACUGCCGAAGUGCUUUCUGAACUACUUACGCUCCGAGAUGAUAGCCCGAAAGCCUCAGUUAUGCUGCUGCUUUUAUAAAGCCUCACAGGUCGUG